AUGGCGAGAAAGAAGUUGAACUUGGCCUACAUUGCCAAGGAUUCCGCCAGGCGAGUUACGUUCAAGAAGAGGAAAAAAGGAUUACUAAAGAAGGUCUACGAGCUCAGCACCCUCUGUGACGUAACCAUAUGUGCCAUUGUCUACGGAAAGAACGAACACACCCCCGAGAUAUGGCCGGAGGAUGGCGCGCAAGUCCUGCAAAUCAUUGACAAGUUCAAUGAGUUGCCGGAGAUGGAGAAAGUCAAGAAGAUGCUGAAUCAAGAAGGCUUUCUUCGACAAAGGGUAUCCAAGUUCGCAGACGAGCUCGCAAAGCUGUCCAAGGAGAAUAAGGAGGUGGAGUUGAGGCAGAAAUUAUUCGAUGGCAUGGCCAACAGGAGGAUUCUGCAUGGUGCAGGCAUCGAAGAGGUUCAUGCCUUAGUAGGCAUGGUGGAAGCCAAGUACACGAUGGUGAAGGCAAAAUGUGAGUUGUUGAGGGCUCAAACAUUGAGCAGAGCACCACCAUCUACGUCGUUGGCUCCGCUGUCGCCGCUAGUUGCCAUGCCAAAUCACGAUCAAUCAAGGCUGACAUCCACUGAUCAAAUACGUGGAGAGCAGUCCAUAGAUGAUCUCCUCAACUCUAUAGACUGCUCUCCUGUGGAGUGGCCAUAUAUUGAUCCCAACCAGUGGAAUGACUCUCAUGACUAUGCGGGAUGA